AUGGAGUUUGUUGCUCGCACAGAAAUACUCAACGAUCGCCAACUUGGAUUAUCGAAUCCCGUUGAGGCAGGAAAAUACGGUUCUGAACCCAGCAACGUUUUGGAAAAUGUUGCGUUCAAGGAAGUUAGGAGGAGAGAUUUUCUCGAAAGUGAUAUCAACAAGACCAUUUAUUCUGAUUCAAAACCCGCGGGUUCUGUUGUUGAAAUGUGCAUGGAAAUUGCUAAAACUGUUAUUCAAGACGUUUUAGUGUCGAUUACCACUUUUAAAACUGGAAAUAACUCGUUUGUUUGUCGAAAGUCAAGUGAAAACGGUGUUAUAUUUGUUGAAGACGAAGGAUUUAACGACAGUGAGAAAUGGCAAGCAUUUGACAGUGGUGAAAAUGACAAAACGUUAGAAAUAAACGUUGGUGAAUUAAAACGAAAGGCAAUUCAAGAUGUGAAUACCGAUAAAAUUGAAGUGAGCUUGGAUGGGGAAAUGAAAUCUAAGAUUGAAGAUUUAAGUGAAAGCUUCGUUGAGAAUCUUAUUAAUUCAGCGAUUCGUUGCGAGAUUACAGACAAUUUUGCUGUAAAUGGUGAUAAUGAUGUUGGGAAUGUUUUUGACGAUGUUAAUUCGGAUCAUUUGGGAGCAGAUGUGGAUAAUGAUGUUAGAAAUGCCAAUUGGGGUAAUGAGGUUGGAAAUGCUUUUGACAAUGUUAAUUGGGAUCAUUUGGGAGCAAUUGUGGAUAAUGAUGUUGGAAAUGUUUUUGACGAUGUUAAUUGGGAUCAUUUGGUAGCAAUUGGGGAUAAUGAUGUUAGAAAUGCUUUUGACGAUUUUAAUUCGGAUCGUUUGGGAGCAGAUGUGGACAAUGUUAGAAUUGCUUUUGACGAUUUUAAUUCGGAUCGUUUGGGAGCAGAUGUGGACAAUGUUAGAAUUGCUUUUGACGAUUUUAAUUCGGAUCGUUUGGGAGCAGAUGUGGAUAAUGUUAGAAUUGCUUUUGACGAUUUUAAUUCGGAUCGUUUGGGAGCAGAUGUGGAUAAUGUUAGAAUUGCUUUUGACGAUUUUAAUUCGGAUCGUUUGGGAGCAGAUGUGGAUAAUGUUAGAAUUGCUUUUGACAAUUUUAAUUCGGAUCGUUUGGGAGCAGAUGUGGAUAAUGAUGUUAGAAAUGCUUUUGACGAUAUCAAUUCGGAUCAUUUGGGAGCAAAUGUGGAUGAUGAUGUUGAAAUUGCUAUUAAUGCGAUUCUUCACAAUGGUCAUUUGGGGGUAGAUAAGGAUCCCUUUGAACUGCGACAAGAGAUAGAGAAUUCCAUACAAGAACUGUGCAGUACAAUACACGAAGACUACGAAAAUCAGGUUUUGAACAUUUCACAGGAGUUAUGCGAGCAGUAUCAAAAUGAGGCAGACGAAAAAAUCUCAAAACUUGAGGACGAAUGGGAACUACAGUUUGUUCGACAGAGAGAAGAAUUUGACGAACGAGUAUCCGCUGUGCAGCGAGAGCAGUGGGCGCAAUGCCAGGAUGCAAUAGAACGAGCAACCUUGGAUGCCGAAGAUCAAUUAAAAAACAUGAAGUAUUCGCACAAGCGUGAGACUGCUGAACUUAAACAACGUGUUAAGGAUUUGCUUGACCGCGAGGCAUCAUGGGAGGCUAAAGUUAAAGAGCUGACGAAUGGACGAGCGCUUGAAGAAAAUGAAUAUUUGGAAAAGAUUAAGAAAUUAGAAAGACGGUUCUCGUUGGAACGCGAAGAGAUGCAAUCUCAACUCAACGACGCUCACGAAGAAAUAAAAAUCUUGAAGGAGGGAUAUCAAGAUGAAAUGGUGAAACUCACUUGUGAAUUGGAGAAAAAAUAUAGCAGUAUGCUUGAUGAAACGAGAGAAAAGUUAAAGGAAAAAUAUCAGGAUGAAAUGGACGAAAAAGUUGAACACGUUGGAAAUCAUCUUCGAGAGCAGUAUGAGCAAGAUUUGGCCAAGAGCAAAGAUGAAAUAGAGCAAAUCACGGAGACGUUGAAAACAAAACACGAGUCGCAGGUUGCCGACAUUGUUGCGCAACUUGAGGAACUUCAUGUAAGGAAUCUAAAACACGAAUUUCGAGAAGCUAAAUUGAAGGAGAAUUACGAAAAUGAGAGAAAAGGUCAGAUUUCUUCUUAAGAAAAUCCAAACUCUAGGAU